ACCUGUGCCCGCAGUCAAAGUCCCCAUUCACUUCUCCCGCCCGUUUCCGUCUGCUGGACAGACACUUUCGAGUUCUCGCGUCGUUGACCGGCAGUGCCCACCUUUUAUAUUUCUUCUACGCCUCCGCCAUGCGUUUCACGUUCGUUAUCGUUGCAGCAGCAGCGCUCCUUUCCGCGACCGCCAGCGCGUCGGACGUGAUCAGCCUGAACUCACAGAGCUUCAACGCAGCAGCGAAGCGCGAGCCCCUCAUGCUGGUCAAGUUCGUCUCCUCAUGGUGCGCCCACUGCAUCGAGCUGGUCCCCGCCUUCGACAAGGCCGCGGCGUCGCUGAAGGGCGUCGCGCAGCUCGCCACGGUCGACUGUUCCGACCACACGCAGUUCGAGUUCUGCAGGACCAUCGGCGUGAUGUCGUUCCCGACGCUGCGGGUGUACCGCCAUGGCGCGUUCGCCGCGUACCCGGGCCCCUUGACCGCGGACGGGAUCGUGUCCGCUCUGAAGGCGUCCGCGCCCAGGUAUGUCUGCACCGUGUCUCAGCUUUUCCGCGCGCAUUGAUGUCGUCGUGUCCUCUAGGCAUCGUCGUGCGCCACAGCUUCGGAGUGCGAGGUCGGACCGCCCCUCGACUGGGCGGAGGUCCUACCCGGUGCGUACCUACGGACGGGCACUGGCAUCCAGGGACCCCGACGUUUGGCCGCCUAUGCGCUGAGCGAGCGGGACAGACAUGCAGAGACCGCUCCGAGUCUGUGGUACUAUCGCCCGAGCUACUUCAGACCCGGGCCGGCGAGGUGUCAGUAUACGAUAUGGACGAAUACAUAUGCUAGUGCCCACCUGUACAUCCAUGAUCUGCUGGGGCCUCCGGAUUCGGGCGGAUGCUUCGGUAUGCGACGCAAUUCGGAGCGGGUGUUUAGCGGCGUAGGCCGUGCGGGCGAGCCUACUAAGCCUCGCUGCCUCGCUGCCUCGAGGUCUUCGAGUUGGACACUAGAUCAUUUGUCUCAGCACGCUCUUCG